CUUAAGGGCGAAGGAGUGUGGGCAGGGGGGGAAGAAAAGAGGAGGCGUCCUCCACGCCAGCCACCGGCUGGGACACGCCUCGGCCAUGCCUCGCUACUGCGCAGCCACCUGUUGCAGGAACCGAGCGGGGCAGAGCGCCCGAGACCAGAGGAAGCUCAGCUUUUACCCAUUUCCUCUACAUGAUAAAGAGAGAUUAGAAAAAUGGUUGCGGAAUAUGAAACGUGACACGUGGACUCCCAGUAAACAUCAGGUCCUCUGCAGUGACCAUUUUACACCAGAUUCUCUUGAUGUCCGAUGGGGGAUUCGAUAUUUGAAAACAACUGCAGUGCCAACUAUUUUCUCGUCGUCUGAUAAUCAGGAAAAAGGUGUUUCUCAGAAGAAAAUGCAUGAAAAAAGAAAGCAAGAUAUCAAGGAAAGCAACGUGUACUUAGUAACAGCACCACUUAAACCAUGCUCACCAAAAAGAAAUCCAAUAAUUGAAGAAAGCCUAUAUAAAAAAGCACUCUGUGUAACCUCAAACAAGUAUCCAGAAACAGAAGAACUACUUCAGGACACAGUAAAGGCUAAAGGUGACAUUGCAUAUCCAGAUAACUUGAUUGGACGGCAUAUGGAGCAAACAGGAUCUGUGUUAAUAGCAGCUGGUCUGCCAAAUCCAGCAGCUGUUGAUUCCAGUUCCCCAGAAAAUAAUUUCUCUAAUUCUGUAGAGAACUUCUUCAGUAAUGCAACCAGAGUUCUGCAAUCUUCAGUUCAUGAUCUGCCGUCAUGUCUAAAACGUGCAUCAGAUUCUAAUUUAGAGGCUACAGAUCUUGAACAUUUGGAUUCGCCUCUAGAAUUUAGUAGCACCACUACACCAAUGAAUGAUAUUGCGCCUGAUCAAUUGGACUGUGAUCUUGAAAGCUAUUCGGUACAGGUGCAGCAAAUGGAUGAGAACUCCAUGUUGCUCCAUACAGUAUCACAAGCUUUAGAACAAUUCAGUGGAAAUAAAGAGUCUGUUAUCACCAUUAUAGUUCCUUCUGACAGCUCAAGAACACCUUUCUUGUUAGAGGGCUCAUUCAUACCAGCGGAACAGGAAUUAGUUAACACUGAAGCAGAAAAUGUUGAAUGCAUCACAAACUGCAGUAGCAGUGAAGUGCUACAAACUGAGCAUUCAUACUGUAGGCAAGACACAAACAGGGAACAACUCUGGCAAAAAAUAGCAAAGUUGCAUUCUAAAAUAGAAGUGUUAGAAGUCCAGGAGAGAAAAACUUUAAGCAGACUCAAAUCUUUAGAGUUACUUAUUGCAAAGCUAAAGCAGGAAAACCUCCUUUCUGAAGAAAAGCUCAAGAUUGUAGAAAACUGUUUCACAACAUUUGAAGUUACUAUGAUAGAAUAAACGUUUUUAAAGUGA